GUCAGAAAUCCUAAACUUGUACAAUGCGUCGUUUAUCACACAAGCUAGUCUGUUGAAUGAGAAACACUGUAAUUUCAAAUUAAUUUUCAAUUUUUUACGCUUCUGUAUCUUGAAGACCAAUAUCAUCAACGCUAGAAUGACUAAAACUUCUAAUUUGAUAAGGUUUUUCAAUCCUUCCCGAAUAAUUAUGACACGAAAAACGUUAAUUUGUUUUCUUCUUUAAUAUAGCUCCCGCAAAAGCGUUAAAGUUUUCAUUCAUUCAUGUCAAUUUUUUGAUUAUUGAACUGUGGUCUGUAUCCCUCUGAUAGGGUGCCGUUAUUCUCUCUAAAAGUGACGACAAGUUUCUAUUGACCUGUGUCAUUGGGCAAGUGAGUCACUUGACAAAUUCUCCAAAUAGUGACUGACAACUAAUUUUCCCCCACGUGGUGGCUCAAAAUUCAAUUAAAUAGGUUCAAGCUAGGCACAUGUGACUAUUGAUUCCACUUGGCGUGUUCGAUGUCAAGGUUCAUCUGUUAUUAUACAAAACAGCCGCUAUUUUUCAUUGAGCUGAAAGCUUCCUGAGAGCUUCCUAAAAUAAUAUAUAUAUAAAGAAGAAUCAAUAAGUCGAGUUGGUGCGUCGCUUGUAGCUUGGGAUUGUACCGUUUGUACAGUGGGUACGCAAUGCUCAUGUGUAAGGCAAGAAACUGUUGGAGUCAGGUGACUUCUGACGUCAUGAACUAAGGAUAUGGCUUAUUUCUCAAACUUACAUUAAUAGAAUAAUAUGGGGAUCAGUAGGGUGAGUGGGAAAGGAAGGUUGUAAAAAAAAUCACAAAUUUCCUCCAACAUUUUAGAGAAUGCUGGUACAACAUAUGUAGGCGACUACAUGUCAGCAAUAAUAACAAAGCGAGUGAAAUGGUCAGUAUUCCACGGCCUCACGUUUGUAGUGUCAGCAAGCGAAAGAAAGAUUCCAUGCAUGAUACGUAAAAUCCUGGUAACUAACUGGCCUUCUUUGCAGGGAAUGCCUGUGGUGUCCAGUCUUCUUUUCCUACUUUCCAUCCAUACCGCUGACUUCUGCCAAGUUAUAAAGCCUAUCAAACAGCAUGAGCUCAUUGGUCACGUGAUGAAAGCGAUGCAAGAGACCAGUUUUGAGAUAUGCACCUAUCGCUGUGAACUUGACGUCAAAUGUUACAGCGUUAAUUUCCACACAAAGACUGGGAGAUGUGAAUUCAACUACGGAAGUAAGGAAAUGUUUCCUCAAGAUUUCAAGGAGAGCCGAGACACGCUGUACAUCCACAACAUCAGGAAAGACAUGAAAGAUCCAUGCAGGCUGCUGUACUGUCUGCAUGGCGGCUCAUGCUACCCGCUGCCGCAGCCAUACUGUGUGUGUACUGUGGACUUCACAGGAUCAAGAUGCCAAAACAUAACUCUGCCACUGAAAGCAGUAGGAAUAGAAGACGAUAACAAGAUAUUCGACGGUCAGCUGACCUCCAGCACCUCACCAGUCGGGCACGAGGCAUGGAGGGGCCGACUUCACGGUCCGGGGAGCUGGAAACCAGUGACAGGAGACUUGGCACCCAAUUUUAACAUCAGCUUGUUUUCACCGGUGAAUGUAACUUAUAUUGCGACACAGGGAUCCCCGACGGAAGACUGCUGGACAACGACAUUCAGGAUAUAUUAUAAGAUGCAGGGGGGAUCGCUAAAACAAUACCCAGAGAUCAUCGCAGGCAACACAGACAGAGAUACGGUGAUUUAUCACCCCCUUAAACCGGCACUUGUCCAAAUCGAAUUUUUAAGUAUUCAACCAUACUCUUCCAACAGAUGCAUCGGUCUUAGAGUGGAGUUAUAUGAAUGACAUUUUCAACUUGAAACGGCAAACGAAAGCUGCCUUCACAUUCAUGAUUCAGGCACCUUUCACGUUGCUUUAUAAUCGGGUGAAGCAGCAAAGUUCCCUUCAACAUUUCCGUUGCAAAGAUAUGAGACAAUUAAUUCGUGCUUUUAGUUUUACAUCAUAGAGUCAUGAUCGAUGUACCUUGAAGGAAAGGAGAGCACUCUAACAACUCUUGGGCCUAGUUCACACUAGCGACAUAACGACCUAAGAAGCACGUUACGCUGUUAUGAUUGCAGUGUGAACAUUCUUACUUAAUGAUAUAAAAGCAACAGAACACCACGAACUUAACGACAUAAAAAAAUCGAUCUUUUUCCUAAGUCUCUAUGUCGAUGUUCACUUUAACGACAUGGUUAUGUCGUUUAUGUCGGUAUGUCGCUGGUCUGAACUAAGCCUUUCUCUUCUUUCGUUCUCUCCAGGCCUCCCGCGAGCAUCAUACACGUGACUCGAUGAAGGACACUAGCUUCAGUUAAUCACUUGUUAAUUACUCCACAAAAAGAAAACGUAUAUCGAAGCGAUCUGUCUAGCCGUGAUUGUUUACAUCUCAUCUCCCAUUUAGUAACAUUUUUCAGUAAGGAGAAAAGCAAUGAUAUAACUAGAAAUAACACGCAAUUUAUUUCCCGAGAUUUACUCAUUGUACCGAGUUAAAAUUGAACUGCUGCAAGGCUGUGUGGCUAUAGGAUUGGUUAUCUCUCCUUACAUUUCUUUGAAACUUGAUAAACUCCGAUUUAACACUGAAAAACGUGAACUAUCAUUAGCUUUUGGGCUUUUCGCAUGCCUGUGCUGGGGACAUCUUUCUCUUAACAGUUUUAUUUACAGAGUGGUGCCACAGUCAUCAGUUAAUAAAUUAAUUAAUUCUAAGUUUCAUGGACGAAAAAAGGCCAUCGUAAACAAAAAUCGCCUUCAGGAAUACACCGGCAUUAGUAAGUGAACGUUCAUACUACCGUUCACGCUACUCAGUGUUCACCACCGUUUCACCCCAGCUUCGAUAUUUUUUCUCAGCACUUAUGCAAUAGAUGCACGCUUGCCACAGAGCGGUAAAGAGCCGUUUUCACUAUUACUAGCAUACCUUCCCUACCCGCAGUUCAGGUAUAUUAGGGACCGUUCAUUUUUUAUGAGGGAGGGGGGGCUGGUGGGA